AUGUCUCGAUCCUUUACCGGGUGCAAGCGAUGUAAAGCCCGGCGGCAGAAAUGCGACGAGCAGCGCCCUAGUUGUGGCCGAUGCAUGACGGCGGGCACGCAAUGUCGAUAUGCCAUGCAGCUACAGUGGGGAGGCCGGGCCUUUUCGCGCUCGAGAUUCGGGGCCUGCGUGGGAACUGGAGGCAUGCAAAAACUGGAAUACUCCCCCGGCGAAUUCAUCUACACCACCAAAUCUUCUGCCGCUCUUCCCCCAGGCACAGAGACGCCUACCCAGUCCACCACCACCUUAGUCCGCCAUAUUGACCCCUUUGCCUCCCUGACCACCGACCAAAAGACCCUCCUCCACCAUUUCCUCAACGAUGCCUCUCAGAUCACAGCUUGCCAUUCGGGUAUGCAGCGCGAUAUCUGCAGGAUGCUCGUGCCCAUGGCCCUCCAGACCCCGUCCCUUCUUUACGCAACCAUGGCCCUCUCCGCAGUCCACCUACAAGCUCUGCACAACCAGUCCGAGAACGUCAAGUCCGCACCUGAAAUCGCACGUUUCAUGGCCCUCAGCUUAGAACAUUUCAGGAAGGAACUACAGAAUCCCGCGAGCAAGUGCUCUGAUGCGCUGCUCGCGACCGCGCGAACCCUCUGUCUAGCAGAGAUACAUUCUGGCGCUAUUCACCCCAAUUCCUGGCGCGCUCACAUUGAGGGAGCCAGAGCCCUCAUGGAGGCCUCGGAUCAGAGCGGGGCACUGUCGCCUAAGUCACCUGAAGGGUUCCGAAGAUACCUUGAUCGGUGGUAUCGGUCAAUUGUGUCGCUUACAGCAUUGACGGGGAACGGGCCGCCCAUUGGUGAACCACCAGAUCAAUUGUGCGCGAUUGGGUCAAGCCAGUCGGCGUCACCGGACUAUUUGGAUGAUUACUGGGGUUUCACAGUCAACCUGGCGACGAUUUUUCGGAGGAUCGGGGCUGUCGCGUGGCGAGAGCAUCAGAGUCAGAGCCAGAACCAGGAGGGGGGUGAGAGUCCCGUCCAGGGAAACACGCUCAGCAUGCACAAUGAAGCUGCGGCGUUGGAGUCCUCCCUUCGCCAUCUCAUGGAGCAAGAGGUGGCUUCGCACCCCGCAUUCUACCCGGGUGUCGUGGAGGGACUCUCCGCGGAGUGUAUACGACAAUUGAUGCUAUGUAACGAGGCAUUCCAGCUCAGUGCAUUGAUCCAGAUUCAUCGUCGCCUGCGAAAGACGCCCGUAUCCGCACCGGUGGUUCAGGACUCCGUCAAGCGAAUCCUCGAAUGCACAGCCCAGAUCGGGCCAUCGCCAGGACUAAGUCCGUGGGUAAUGCUCACAACACCAUUAUUCAUUGCCGGAUGUGAGGCGCGGGGCGAGGACCGCGAACAUGUGCGACAAUUACUAUCGUCACUACACGACACGAUUCGGGUGCCCAAUGUAUUGCAGUCGUUGAAAUUCCUAGAGCAGUAUUGGGGGAAUCAGCUGGAUGAAAACGAGGGAUGGAGUCAAUAUCUCGAUACCUCCGCAGCCUUCGCCGACGAGGACGACGACGAAAACAAUAAACGCCACAGCCCUCUUGCCUACUCCGCCCAGUUCUCGAAUGGGACUCCCGUGCACAGUCGUCUUGUCAGCGAGCCGUUCGUUCCCAUCCUCAGAUCACCUGCUUUCAUCCCGAAGCGGGCCACAACCAUGGCCUUGCAUUUGCCCUCCAACCGCCCUCCGCCGCUACAUAUAGAUUCCCCAAGCCGGUCAUCGUCCGGAGACUCCAAGCAGCCCAAAACUCCCGCAAACAAAAUCAGCUCCUUUUUCGGCUGGCGCGCUACAACUUCAUCUCCUGGCGCAGAAUCCUCCAGCACCGAGAUCUCCGAGACCGGUCGUUCUCCGGUUCCGUCCCCGAUGCCUCCUUCUCUACACAGUGCUCACUUCUCCAUCACCCCGUCUACUACUGUGCCAUUCGAUCCCACCAGGCCUCAGGUGCCUCUUCCACAACGGAACCCAUCUCUGAGCAGUGGGAGUAUCCUGGACUCGAAGUCAACGGCUUUGGUGACAGAGCUCGAGAAUGAGUUGCGGGAGAUCAGCUCAGAGCUGGCGGGGUCCAUCCGGCGGGAGAUGGAGUUGGAGGAUCUGGUGGAAAGGCUGCAGUCGGAUGUUCCCUUAGAUACGCCCAACCGCCGUACCAGCGAUUACUUUUCCGACUCGGGCUCCAGCUCCAUCCGCUAUGCAUAUGAGUCGGGCGGUCGAGUCGAAGACAUUGAAAAAUAUAAACGCACAGCCGAGCAGGAAAGGGCCCAGAUCAAGGUCGACUUGUCUCAGAAGCUGCAAGAAGAGCGAAGCCGUCGAGCAGCGUCUGAGGCACACGUCCAGAUCUUAGAAUCGCAGGUCCACCAGUUGCGACGCGAGAGAGUAGAUCUCUCAGACUUGUCCUCUAGGACGAAAGAGCUCGAAGCAACGCUGGAUAGUACCCGUAGAAAGCUGGCCGAAGAGCGGCAGAUCAAAGACAAUUUUGAAGACCUGUUGACAGCAAUGAGAGUAGAACUCGAGCAGCUGCGAAACGAACGGGACCAUCUUCGUGACGCCGUCAUCCCCCAAUUACAACAAGGUAACCAACCGACUGUCCCUCCGUCCGAUCCCUCGGAAGUCGAGCGGCUGCUGGAAGAAAUUGAGGCGUUGAAAAUCGAAAAUGCCUCACUUGCCCAGUUGCAAGGUAGCCGGUUCGCAUCGAUUGCCGAAGAGGAUGGCAUGCCGACUUCGAGAAACGUCGGGUUGGGACUGUCGCGAUCGAACUCGCUGGCUCGCGUGCGUACCAAGCCUGGUACGCCUGGUCUGUCCCGAUCCAGCUCCUUGUCCCGGUCUAAUUCGGUAUCUGCCAAGGAGCGCAAUGAGUCCCCUAGGGAAAAUCUGGCGGACCGCGUCGAGGAUGUGGAAGCGCAGCGCGAUGCUCUUCAUCAGUCUCUUCGGCGCCUGCUCGAUCGUCAGGCCCACGAUGCCCGGGAGUACGAGAAGCGGCUUCAGCUCAUGGAGCUGGAGAUCGUUCGCGCACAGCAAAUGGCUUCCCCGCGCAAGGUGGGCUAUGAACGCGAAGUCCGCAAUUUGCGCGAAGAGGUGAAUGAUCUUCGUCAGCGUGCCGAGGACGCCUUGGAGCAAAAGUGGCAGUGCGAAAAAGGGUUGGCAGGUCUAAAGAUGGACCUGGACCGGGCCGAACAGGAGACCACUUCCCUGCGUGUCCUGCUGCAAGAGCAUGACAUCACUGUCCCAGAAGACCUCGAAUGCGACCGGGACGGAUUUGCAGAGGUUCUCGCAACAUCCUCAUCCCUGGAGUCGGCUUACAGACAACUCCAGGCGGACCGGGAGAUCGCCGAAGCCAGCGCGGCUCAGUCGCCCAUCGCAGAACAAGGCUCGCUCGCUGAGUCAGUCAGCCGGACGGACAUGCUUGCACAGCAUGUGCAACGGCAAUUGGCGAGCAACCACGCUCUACGAAGCCGUCUGGCCGAGGCCAUUGGCAAGGGUGAGAAGGAACAGCAGCUGUCGGCUGCUCGCAUCAACGAAAUGCAAGCUCGGCUCAAGGAGAUGGAGGACAUUCUGGUGAUGGCACAGCAAUACUCCGAGGAUGAAAUGGCCCGUCACGAAGAGGAAGUGCGCGCUCUCGAGGAGAGCCACAACGCGCAGUUGAAGCGCAUGAAGAACGGUGCCCGCAGCCCCGCAGCCUUGUCGCCCAUGCCUCCGACUACGCCCUUUGGCGCGCGGUCACCCCGGCUCGAGAUCACCACGAGCGGCAAGGGCAUGGCUCUGGAUGAGGCCGUCCAAUCGGAAACGUUAGAACGGCGCGUGAAGGAGUUGGAGAAGCUCCUUCGCGACGCAGAUUCGGAGAUGGAGGAAGUUGUGAGCCGGAUGAACCGGGCACAAAUUGAAGUUGGCGAUCUUCAGUCUGAUCGGGACGAGGCACUCCGCCUGACUCGCAAGCUCCAGGCCGAAAUCAUGGCCGAACGCGAGACGUUCAAAACCCUGAUGGGUUGA